AUGGACGUGACAUCACUACUGAACGUAGCGGCGGGAAAAAAGCCAUUUAUUCGGGACAACUCACUCGAAACCACUUCUGUACCGAUUUUCCAAAGACAAAUCACCACAUCGUCCCCGGAGAAGACAGCUUCUUCUAGGCGGACAAGCGACGCUAGAGCACCGCGGAACCGCACGCCAUGGGAUGCGGGCGGUUACUCUCUUCACCUAGCUCUUGACAACAAGUUUCCUGCUUCCCACACCAAGCCUACAUACUACAGCGAAUCCGACGUGGAUCAGUCGGCUUCCACGAGCUCUUGCGACGCUCCUUCGUCGAACUGCCAUUCUAGGGCCAGCUCUCUCAGUUCUCUGGCACACGAGAUGGCGCAUUCCGCCAACAUCACUCCAAUGACGAGUACCCACCCUGGCCGGUAUGUAUUGCAUGGUCCCGUUCUCGGCGCAACACUGGUGCACUUGUGCGAGCCAGAGUCGCAACUUCAUGUUGCGACUAGCCGAAGCAUUUCCGGUGAUUCGGAUGCUCAACUAACAGCAAGGCAAAUUCUAAUCUCGUCCAGGCCCAACCUCCCCCGCGAAGAUGAUGGGCACCACGUAACAGGAGGAUUUCCCAAAUCCCCGAAACAUAAGUUCUCCGACAGCCACAGCAGUUUGUCAUCGUAUACCUCCUCAAAUCAAUCCGGAGGACACUCGAGGAUAUCCUCCUUAUCUACUGUGAGCGGCAUUCAGCCGUUCACGUCCCUGUUGAACGACGUACCGGCUUUUGACACAAAACUCGAUCACCAGCAGGGUAUGGGUGGCCCGGGCAUGAUUGAUGUUCAGCCUCCAUCCCCACGAACGAUGGGUCAACAUGAUCCAGUAGCUUUGGAUCCCGCGAUGAAGGGGACUGGGCGACCAGGCAGUCCGUCAGAUGCUAUCUUGAUCACCAGAGGUAUGGGUGGUAGCAACCGAUCAAGUCCAACUGAUGGUUUGAGGUACGUGAAAAUAUGCGCUUUGUGA